CCCACUUGCCACGUGGUCAGAUUUUCUCACGUUAACAGCUCUAUACACCCGCUGUUUCUUCCUCGUAUAGAUAUUAUUCUCUUCGAACCAAACAAAAAUUCUGUUUCAGGUUCAGACAUCAUCAUUAAUUAAACUCGAAACACAACAUAAACAUUUCAUGUAACACAACACAAGUCGUCACAACCCACUUCACGUUCACGGUCUCUCCAAUGAUGUCGGCUGCCACCGAAAUCUCUGACAACUUAACGCCAAGAACUCUCAGCGAUAUCUCGGAAGUUGAAACAACCAUCAGAAUCGGUGUGGAUCUUGUCUCGGCCACCAGGCGAAAUAUCGGGUUUUUGAGGACUGUCAAUGAGUCCCAGUGGCUUCAUGAGAGAGCAACCGUUGUUGAAGCCAUUAGAAGGUAUGAUGAGCUGUGGAUGCCGUUGAUUUGUGAUCUAACGGUGGGGUCAACGCCUGCUAGGAUUCUUCCUCCGUUUGAUAUUGAGUGGGUUUGGUUUUGUCACACCUUGAAUCCGGUCAGUUACAGGCAAUACUGUGAGUCAAGGUUCUCGAAGCUCAUUGGAAAACCAGCGAUUUUCGAUGAAGAAAACGAAGAGUAUGCAUUGAUGAGAUGCAAAGAAAUUUGGAUCAACAGAUACCCAGCUGAGCCUUUUGAGAAUGAAGUGGAUUCAGAUUCUUCAGAUAACCCAGUAGUUAUUGUAAAUGAAGAUAUACUGACUGAAGUGAAAAAGCAGAGAUUUUUAUACUCGAAAUUUUCUGAGCCAUACAUGUGUGAGAUUGUGUACUUGAUCGCAGCCAGACAACGCUACAAAGGCUUUUUGUUCAUGUUGGACAAGUUCACUGAUGAAUGUUCUUGUUUUGUUCCUGCUUUUGAUAUUCAGCUCAUGUGGCUCACCCAUCUGAGCUACCCCACAGUGUAUGCGGAGGACUUGAAGGACAUGUGGGAUGAGAUGGGGAAGAAGGUGGUGGGAGUGUGGGAUACUGUGAAGCCAAAAGAGGUGGAAGAAACUAAGAAACUUUGGGAGAGAACUUUUGAUCAGCCUUAUGAGAAAGCCGGAGGUGGGCUAGCCUUGGAAUUGGAUGGUACAGCCUCAGUGAAGCCUCCAGUUUACUGGAAUGUAUCAGAAACGGAUGUCAAUAGCAAAUACAAAUCCCUGGUGCCUAGGUUCCUACUUGAGGUCUGUGUGUUUCUAAAGCUCAAGUCUCAAAUAAAGGCAACACAAGAGAAUAUAAGACAUGAUUUUAUGCGUCUACGGAUGGUAAGAUGUCACAGGGAACUAAAGGUUGAUAAAUCUUUAUCCAGUUUCUCCAACAAUUCAUGGCGAAAAGCUUGGCAUCUCUACUGUGAGUUUGGAAGCAGAGGUUUAAUACUUAAGCUUCGUCACCGUGGUGGCUACUGCCUCAGGGGAAGUGCAUUAAAAGGUGCUAUAACAUUUCAUUGGAAUGAUUUACUGAGAGCACCUUCACUUACAGUACAAAGAGAAAUUGAACAAGUCCAGGUUUCUGUUUCGAUAACUCCUCCAGUUCAAGCUCCAUACUUGCUAAAAUGUGUGCCUGACAGAGUCACAGAUGAUUCAGGAGCUAUGAUAUCUGAUGUAAUCCUGAGAUUAAACGGGUAUCGACCUCAAGAAGGUCGUUGGUUGUCUCGUACUGUUCUUGAUCAUGCAGGAAGAGAAUGUUUUGUUGUUCGAAUGAGGGUGGGAGGAGGAUUUUGGAGAAGAGGAGGAGAUAAACCUUCAGCUGUGAGAUGGGAGGACAGAGUUAUAGAGAUAAGGGAAGGUUCUUGGUCUUAUGUUGCCGGUUCCAUCGGUAAAGCACCUGAGAAAGUGUUAGGAACUGCAACACCAAAAGAACCUACAGCACAAUGUCAAGCAGCAUGGCAUUUUUCAACAGGAGAUGAAUUAAUGAUAAGUUGGGAAUCAUCAUCAUCAUCAACAACAUCAGGCUUGAAAUUUACUCUGAUUAAUCAAACAUCUCCGGACUCAUCGGUAAUGUGCUUAUACUUUUGAGAGGUCGGAAAAUGCAGUAUCAAGGGAAAACUGGUCUACAAAGUAAAGACCAAGAGGAAGACGACGAGGGUUUUGUGACACUCAUUCGCUUCUCAGAAGAAAACCCGACUGGAAGAGUCACUGCUCUAUUGAAUUGGA